AAUAAAACAAAAGGGUAAAAAAUAGCCAAACCUUCCAGCCGAAGACACCUUAAAAUUUGUAAAUGCUGGAGAGAAAAGGAGAGAAGAGCACGGUUGUAUAGGGUACAGAUGUCGCAACAAGAGACGCAAAAUUUGUAUACUCGUGAAGUCAACCACGGAUCAUAUUCAUGUAUCACUUUCCCAAUUUCAAGCUAGCUACUACUCCAAACUCACCAAUUAAGCUCAUUUGUAAAUAGUAAUCCACUAAUCUUAUUCCUAUUGGAAGACUUGGUAAAAUACGGAGUACAAAGCUCUCUCUCGUUUAUAUCUCCAUUUCCAACUCCAUUACAGAUCGAUUUGGAUAGUUACAGGGGUUAAGAAAAUGGGAGAAACAUCAGGAAAAUUAGAUUUUGAUGAAGAAGAGGAGGAAAAUGAGAAUCAUUCAUCACCAUCAUCAGUGAAGUCAGAUGCGUCGUCGUUCCUUGUUGAGCUAAACCUGGUUAUGAUCAUUGCUUCCCUUAGUCUGUCUAAUAAUCAAGAACUUUUAGAAUAUGAGGAUGACGUGGAGGAGUUUACGGUCAAAAAAGAUCAACAAGAUUAUUAUAAGGCCUUUGUAUCAAAGUUGCACACUCGCAAGCGUGGGUUCGAUGACCUUAAAAUCCCUGAUCGACGAUCAGGAUUACAAUCUAAGGUUCUUGAUUCCAGGCAUGGCCGAAAAAUGUGAACAACUUCAAAUAUGAGUUCAUGUUCUCUCUGAAGAUGUUUGGCCUGAUGUUCUUUAUGUAAUAUUGAGGGGUUUUGCUGACAGAUACAGAGAGGAUGAUGUCCUAAAUAUGCAGAUUCCUGAGUCACAAGUCCUUAUUUUCCAAGUUGUCUCGUUUGUAAAUGUUUAUAUGUAUGUGAAAAAUAAUACUACCUCCGUUCCUAAAUGUUCUUUACGCUUA